UUAUUAGGCAUUUUAUUUUUGACUUUCUGUUACACUUAUUUUCAAUGCGGCACUAACUUUAAAUUUAUUUAAAUUCGUAAUUCUUAGGUCUUUCGUGGAACAGUUAAUUUCUUCAAAUUCAUACUACACCAGAGAAUUUUCGCAUCCGUUCAUCAAGAUAAUCAGUUUCUCAACUUUCUCAAAUAUGAUGUCCACAGCUAAGAGGCUUUGCAAGAGCCGUCAACACUUGCUGCAACUCCAACUACACUUUAAUUUAACUGGGGAUGACAUGUGUUUUAGGAUCUGGUGGCUUCCGCUACGUUUAAAUUCCGGCGGCUCUACGCUGACGCUAGAUAACACUUUCAAGUGCUAUGAGCUGGAAAAGGGGCCUCCCAUGGACGUGGAACUGUCACGUGAGGAUGCUUUAAAAAUGUACAAGCAAAUGGUGGAGGUGCGUCGUAUUGAGGUUGUUUGCAAUAAUAUGUAUAAGGCGAAGCAAAUUCGGGGCUUUUGCCAUCUGUACAAUGGUCAGGAGGCGGUGGCCGUUGGCAUGUGUGCGGUGCUGAAGAAGAGAGAUAGCGUUAUAACGGCGUAUCGUGCCCAUGCCUGGACGUACCUAUUGGGCGUGACUGCAUACGGCUUAAUCGCCGAAUUGGUGGGCGUGAAGACCGGAUGCAGCCGUGGCAAAGGCGGCUCAAUGCACACCUACAGCGAUAACUUCUAUGGUGGCAAUGGUAUAGUUGGCGCCCAAGUGCCACUAGGAGCCGGAAUCGCGUUAGCGCAUCGCUAUAAGGGUGACGGCGGCGUGUGCGUCACCCUCUACGGCGACGGAGCUGCCAACCAGGGCCAGGUAUUCGAGGCGUACAACAUGGCCAAGCUGUGGUGUCUGCCCUGCAUAUUUGUGUGCGAGAACAAUCAGUACGGCAUGGGAACUAGCGUUAAUCGUCAUGCGGCCAUCAGCGACUUCUAUAUGCGCGGCCAGUAUAUACCCGGGCUUUGGGUCGAUGGCAAUCAGGUGCUGGCCGUUCGCAGUGCAACACAGUUUGCCGUUGAAUAUGCAAAGAACUUUGGCCCGAUUGUGUUGGAAAUGAGCACGUAUCGCUAUGAGGGACACUCGAUGUCCGAUCCGGGCACGUCGUACCGAUCGCGCGACGAGGUGAAGUCGAUACGCCAACAACGAGAUCCCAUUGAAAGCUUCAAAAAGCAAAUUCUCGCACUUUGUCUGGCCGAAGAGGACGAGCUGAAGAAGAUCGAUGCGAAAGUUCGCAAAGAUCUCCAGGCAGUGUCCAAAAAGAUAUUGGCCGAUCGCGAAGUUGGCUUAGAAGAGCUGGCUGCCGAUGUCUAUUCGAAAAACCUCGAGCCCAAAAUACGCGGUGUCUCCGGAUUCAAUCUGAAGCACCUCAGCAUCUCGGAAGUGUGCUUUGGCAAGUCGAAGCGUACGCCUGCGGAUGAGAUCAACGAUGUGCCCGUCGGCGAUGCAGCGUUUGCGGCCGCUCAGAAGAAGCUUGCGAUGAAGAGCAAGGCCAAGGCGGCAAAAGAUGGCCAGGCGGCAAAAGAUGGCCAGGCGGCGAAAGAUGGCAAGGCGGCGAAAGAUGCCAAGCCGCCGAUGGAUGACAAGAAGACGGACAAGGAGAAGGCCCAAACUGUUAAGCCAGCAGCUAAAAGCGAAGAGAAACCCGCCGUCCCACCAAAAUCAGCAGUCCCACCAAAAAGCGGGGACAAACCGAAAUCCUAAAUAAGCGAAAAUUAAAACAAAAAACGCAGCGAAAUACGCUGGA